GCUCCACUGGCGCUGCCUUUCUGGACUCCACGUGGGUUUUGCAGCCAUGGCGGAUCCAGGAGGAGCGAGGGAGGCGAAAGGUCCCACUCCGGUUCCGGCGCCAGGUGACUUCGGAGUCGCUCCGGAGCGGGCACGCGCAGGAGGCGUGGAGAGGGGGCUCUGCCGUUAUUUAUUGUUCUUAUUUGCUGUUGCUGUUAUGUUCUAUCUGCCUCCCCCUUCACAAAAAUAUGGAGGUGGCAAUAUGUGGGGCUUUUUUCCCUGCGUGGUCCUUGCAGGAGGGAUUCGGGUUCUGCCGUGGGGGAGGAGAAGAGCCACCUGUAGACCCCCCCUUGGCCCGAGGUAGUCUACCCCUGAAUAUCAGCUGUUGAGCGGAAGGAAGAGGGACAGGGCCGUGGGCACCCCCCCCCCCGUGAGACCUUUGUGAUCGGCCGCUGUGGGGAGGAGGUGGAUGCUGACUUUGAUAGGCCUCUGACCUGAUCCAGCAGGGUGCUGAGAUCCGUCUCAGCCUCGCUGCAGAUUUCAUCUAAUUUAAAUUGUAAAGCUGGAAGGAACACUUUAGAGCAGGGAUGGCCAAACUUGGCCCUCUAGCUGUUUUGGAACUACAACUCCCAUCAUCCAUAGCUAACAGGACCAGUGGUCAGGAGUGAUGGGAAUUGUAGUCCCAAAAGAGCUGGAGGGGCCAAGUUUGGCCAUCCCUGCUCUAGAGGGCUGGACUCACAGCUGAGAGGAACCAGCUUGGCUGUGGUGCUUCCUGAGGGUUCUCUCAGGCUGACCUUCCAUGCAGGGUUGCUGUGAGGACAAUAUGGGGAGACAAGAAAAAGAGAGAGGGAGAUUACGCUUGUGCAUGCUACUUCCUGCUUCUCAAAUUAAAAGCGUUGCUGGUCUCCAAUUGCCUUGCAGGGUGAGGCCCUCAAAAUCUCCUUGCGGCAUCCGGCUCCCAGAUGCAAUGCUUUUGAAUCCCAGUUGCUGGAAACCACUGGAAGGAGAAGGGCUCUGGUGCGCAAGUCCUGCUUGCAGGUUUCCCAUUGGCCGCUGGGAGACAGGAGGCUGGACUAGGUGGGCCCCCUUGGGCCUGAUCCACCAGGGCUCUUCUUACACCCUGUUGUUGUGGACUGAGCCUGGGACCUUCUGCAUGCAAAGCACACACAUCCGCAGUGAGCUGCGGCUAGUCCCCUAAAAAUAAAGCAAGGUUCCAGUCCUCAUUGUUCUGAUUGAAAAAAGGAAGGUCAGAAGCUGCCUUCUCCUGAGUCAGGCCAUUGGCCCCUCGAGUUCAGCAUCGUAUGUUGAUUGGCAGUGACUCUCCAAGAGCCUUGAGAUGCUAUUGGGGAUUGAACCUUCUGCAUGCCAAGCAGCUGCUCUUCCAGAGAACCACGCCCUUCCGCCUCGGCCCCCGCAAUGUGUGCUCCUCUUCUGGUUCUCUUGCCUCUCCCUGGUGAGUAGGCAAGACCUCCGGUGAUUCAUUUUCGCUCUGCUCCUUCCUACAGUAGCCACCGCCUAUUGGGGUUGUUUUUGGGGGGAGCAGGGAGGCACAUUCACGCAGGAGCAUAAAUAGCCCCCCUCAAACUACUUUCUGUCACCUCUCCACACCCCCCAUCCCAAAUAACUCUUUGCCAAGUUGUGUUCUCUGAGAACUCUUGUCGCUUUGCGGAUUCACAGGAUGGCGUUUGUGUUAAAAAGAGGGGGCGUCUUUUGGGGGGGAAGAAUAGAAGAAUAGCAGAUCGCCCUUUCUGACGUUGGCAUUCAGCUGAAGCAAUCGAUGCCCACCAGCCCUUUCUGGGCAGCUCCAUCUACACACACCCUGCCACCGUGGGAGGGUGCCAAGCACCCUGCUAAAAGGUGACUCAGAUUUCACCCUACGUCCCCAACUGGCACACUUGCCUCAUCUGCCCAAAAUACUGGCAUGGGGUGUGUGUGUGUGUGUGUGUGUGUGUUCAGGAGGGAAGAUCUCUGCUCCCUGUCCUAGGGGAGCCCCCAUCUUGAGAGGGAGAGUGAGGAUGCCCCCCACCCGUGCUUUCUCUUAAUCUUUCAUUUCCCCCUAAACUUGCCAGAGUUUCUCCCUCCUGGAUCUUAUUGACUAAAUUUGCCCCUUCCCUUGAAAGGUGGAGGGGACGCGGGUGGCGCUGUGGGUUAAACCACAGAGCCUAGGUCUUGCCGAUCAGAAGGUCGGUGGUUCGAAUCCCCGCAACAGGGUGAGCUCCCGUUGCUCGGUCCCUACUCUUGCCAACCUAGCAGUUCGAAAGCACGUCAAAGUGCAAGUAGAUAAAUAGGUACCGCUCUGGCGGGAAGGUAAACGGUGUUUCCGUGCGCUGCUCUGGUUCGCCAGAAGCGGCUUCAUCAUGCUGGCCACAUGACCUGGAAGCUGUACGCCGGUUCCCUCGGCCAGUAAAGCGAGAUGAGCGCCACAACCCCAGAGUCGUCCGCGACUGGACCUAAUGGUCAGGGGUCCCUUAACCUUUACCUUGGAAGAUGGAAAGUGGCGGGUUCUCCUUCCUUGGAGGUUUUUCGCGUGGUGUGGUUUUUUGUGGUCAGUGUGGUGUAGUGGUUAAGAGCGGUAGUCUCGUAAUCUGGGGAACCAGGUUCGUGUCUCCUCUCCUCCAGAUGCAGCUGCUGGGUGACCUUGGGCUAGUCUCACUUCUCUGAAGUCUCUCAGCCCCACUCACCUCACAGAGUGUUUGUUGUGGCGGAGGAAGGGAAAGGAGAAUGUUAGCCGCUUUGAGACUCCUUAAAGGGAGUGAAAGGCGGGAUAUCAAAUCCAAACUCCUCUUCUUCCUCUUCUUCUUCUUCUUCUUCUUCUUCUUCUUAUUCUUCAACAGAGGUUGGAUUGGCAUCUGUCAAGGAUUCUUUCGCUGUGAUUCCUGCAUUGCUGGGGGUGGGACUAUAUGACUCUCAGGUGUCCCUUACAACUUUACAGUUCUCUUUUGUGAUGGAAUAUAAUGGCUCUCUGGCCUGGUGGGUUAAAGGAACCUACAGGUUCAGGGCAGUGCUAGAAAUCAGCCCAGAGCCAGGCGCAUUUUGAGGCUGGCGCAGGUCCAGUUGUGCCCACGUGGAGAUCUCUGGAUUUUUCGGUUGGCGACUGAGAGAAGGAUCUGGAAGAUUUUCCUUGAAGCUUGGAUUUGUUUUAUUUCAUGUUUUAAUGUGUCAUAAACCCCUCUGAGAUUUGUUCUUUAAACUGUAUAGAAAUGAAAAUAAUAAUGAUGAUAAUGAUAAUCAUAGAAACUCCAUCGCAAAAAAGAAAAGGAAAAAAUGGUGCCUAGAAAUUCUAUUGUGGCGACUGCAGCCUAGGUUUAAGGUUCCCUUUGGCGACUAGAUUACAGUGGUGCCUUGGUUUAAGAACAGCCCUGUUUACGAACUAUUUGGUAUACGUACUCCGCAAAACCGGAAAUAGUGUCCUGGUUUGCGAACUUUACCUCAGUCUAAGAACAGAAGCUGAACGGUGGAAGGGCACUGGCGACGGGAGACCUCAUUAGGGAAAGUGCGCCUCGCUUUAAGAACGGUUUCAGUUUAAGAACGGACUUCCAGAACGGAUUAAGUUCGUAAACCAAGGUACCACUGUAUAUAUUUGGGUUUCUAGUGCUGCUUCAGGGCCUGUCAGCCUCUGAAUACCAGCAUAGAAGGAACAAUUGCGUAAAGGAUUUAUUACAGUCAAGCAGAAUACAGUGGUACAUCUGGCUAUGUACUUAAUUCGUUCCAGAGGUCUGUUAUUAACCUGAAACUGUUCUUAACCUGAAGCACCACUUUAGCUAAUGGGGCCUCCCGCUGCUGCCGCGCCGCCGCCACGCGAUUUCUGUUCUCAUCCUGAAGCAAGGUUCUUAACCUGAGGUACUAUUUCUGGGUUAGCAGAGUCUGUAACCUGAAGCGUAUGUAACCUCAAGCGUAUUUAACCCGAAGUACCACUGUACAAUUUUUCUUAGAUGAACUAAAUAAAAACCCACGAAUAAUGGCUGGGGUUGAGGAGAUUGCUGCCUCUCUGCCCUGCCUGAUGUCCCUUGACCUGAUCGAGAAGAGCUGCUCUGGCCUCUGGCUGCCCACCUGGGCUCUUGCUCUCAACCCUGGAACGCAUGAAGCGGGCAGGAGACCUCUAACCAUGUGCAGAGUGCCUUUCCCUCACUUCCACCCAGCCUGAGGGGAGGAGGCAAAGAAGCCGUGGUGGUUCCUCAAUCCCGACCCAGCUGCUGAUUCUCCCCUCCUCCUCCUGCAGCCCGCCGAGGCCCCCGCCGGGUGGCUCACCAGAUCCCCCAGGAGAUCCUCUCAGACCCUGAGCUCCAGGCAGCCAUGGCAUCCCUCCCCAGCAACUACAACUUUGAGGUCCACAAGACGGUGUGGCGGAUCCGGCAGGCCGGGGCAAAGCGGGGUGAGUGUCUUGGCCGGGGGGGGGGAGAUGGCAAGACUAUGGAGUUGGAAGGGGACCCCCAAGGGUCAUCUAGAACAACCCCCUGCAGUUGUCUCCUGCUCUCCUUCCUUGGCUGAGCUCAGGGCUCCCGUCUGAUUUGGGCCACUGGAGAGGUUUGGGCCCAGGAGACCCCCACCCUGGUGAAGCAGGAGGCAGGGAGCCUGGGGUGGGCGGAGCCAGAGUCAAUGAUGGGCGGAGCCAACUCAGGCAGUUAAAGCACCACGAUGCUGCUUUAAACACUUGCGGCUCCCCCCAGAGGCUUCUGGGAGCUGUAGUUUAGUUCGGGGUGCUGAGAGGUGUUGGAAGACCCCUCUGUCCUAUCAGAGCUACAAUUCCCACAUCCCCCUGCACAAGGAACUCGGGAAUUGCAGCUCUCUGGGGGCGUCUCCUAACAACUCGCGGCACCCUUGACAAACUACAGCUCCCAGGAUUCUUUGGAGGAAACCGGGGCUUUCUACUCCGCCCCCCAGGCCACAUGGACACCAGAAAAUUCUGAUGUUGCUUUUAAGGCAGCCACGGCUUCCCCCAGGGAGUUCUGGGAGCUGUAGUUUGCUCAGGGUGCCGUGUUGUUCAGAGACCUUGCUCAGAACUACGGAUCCCAGGGUUCCCUGUUGAACCACUCUGGGCGUAGGAGCUCUGGGAGGGGCACACAAGGAGACGGAGAGGAGAGCUGGCAGCCGGAUUCAGUAUGUGAAGGGGGAAGGUCGGACUGGAUGGGACCCCCCUGGCCUGAUCCUGCAGCCAGGCUCUUGAUGCUCUCACAUUCCCACAGCUGUGCAGCCUGCAUCCUCGUGGGGAAGCCCUGUUUCGGGGGGGGGGCAGGGUGGCAGACCUUGGCUUGUGUGUGCGGUGGCUGCCCGGGGAGAGGGGCUGGCACAGCGGCUGCUGACUGGUGCCAUCCGUGCCAAGGCGAGCCGGCUGCGUGCAGCUGUUGCCCGAGCAAGAGUCACGUCGGCCCGAUGAUCAGCCUCCGCGUCAGGGUGAUAAUGGGAUCGGACAAGGCAGCGUCAGCUGCCGAGGGGCCUGGGAGCUUUCCCAGGCGGAGCCAGGCCUCUGCUUGCGCGGCUGGGGGGGGCGGAGUGGGGAGGGGCCUCUGGAGGGCAGCUAGCCAGGCGCGCCCCACGUUGGGAGAGAUGGGGAGCGGGGAUGGGAGGUUAAGGGCAGACAAAAGGAAGGGCUUCUUCCCGCAGCGCACGGUUAAUCUGUGGAACUCGCCCCCGCAGGAGGCAGCAAGGGCCACCAACUUGAAAGAGGAUUGGGCAGAUUCAUGGAGGAGGAGAGGUCUGUUGUGGUGGCAGAACCUCCAUGCCCAGGGACAGUCUACCUCUGAAUAACAGAGGCUCCGCUCAGGUCUUCUUUGUGGGCUUCCCUUUGGGCCAUCUGCUUGACCACUGUGAGAAGAGGAUGCCGGACGAGAUGGCCCCUCUUGGGCCUGAUCCAGCUGCCUGUGAAUGAAUGGAAAAUCCAGAUGAAGUUUAUUAAUUCUAUUGCAUUUGUAUCCCAACUUUUUCUCCCAUGGAGCUCAAGGUGGCCUACGUACUUCUGCCCGUUUCAUCCUCACAGCAACCCGGUUGAGAGGCAGUGAGCUUCAUGGCCAAGAGGGUAUUUGAACCCUGGUCUUUUCUGGGUUCUAGCCCAGUACUCUAACCACUCGGCCACGCUGCCUUGGGUUGAAAGGUCUUGUCCAGCUGGAGUAGCCCCUUGACUUCCUGGGUCCUCUUCCCACCUUAGCAGCAGCUGGGCCAGUUUCAGCCACCGGCAUUCCAGAUGCAGCCAUCCCAUAAUGUUUCGUGCAAGGACCCUGCAAAGGGAGUGUUCCUGGGUUGGGCUCAAGGCAUGCCCAGAGGUUGUUCCACCUCACCCCGGUGUGCCGUGAUGGGUCUGGGGGAGAAGGGGCACUGCCUCCUCUCUGGUUGCUCAGAAGCCCCCUUCCAGUCUUCUGCGCAGGGGUGUGAGGUGAGAAUUUGGAAAUGUGGAGGUCCAAGGGCCCCAGCUUGAGAAUAUUUUUAUCCUGCUGUUCUGUCAGAAAAAGGCCCACGGAACUGCUUUGAAAUCGCACAUGCAAAAGAUAGCCGCUGUCCCUUCGGGGUUGCAAUAUGAGAAGACGCAGCACAAAAGGAAAAUGGAGGAGGAGGGAGGAGGAAAUGAGCUUUCUGUGACAUGUGUCCCUUCCUUCUUUCUCUCAGUGGCGCUGCAGAUGCCCGAAGGCCUCCUCAUGUUCGCCUGCACCCUGGCAGACAUCAUUGAGAGGUGAGUAGGGGAGAGAGAGGUCAAACGUGGACUGGCCCCUGGCGGGGAUUGAGAGCAGGGCGGAGGGCGAAUGGGUGGGCUGGGCCCUGAGAGGGUGCGCUUGGCGUGAGUGGGAGGGGGCAAGAAUAAUGCAUCCUGGUAUAAAUGGCUUGCUCAGAGUAAGGAGGGCUGAAACCGCAGAGAGCCGGGGCUGCCAGUCAGUGCAGACAGCACUGAGCCUCAAUCUAGUUGAGUAGAAAGCGUCUUCCUCUGCUGCUGCUUAGACCAGCCCUUUCUGCAGAGCCGCGAGGGACUAGAAAUGUCCUUUUUAGGGGAAGGCCCCGGAAAGUUGCUGCCAGCCAGUGCAGGCCGUACUGAGCUAGAUGAGCCAGUGGCCCGACUGCAGGUGUCAGGUCCCUUCCUACGGGUGGCCACUUCUGCGCCUGGCCUGGCUGGUUUGAGGAUCUGCCCCUGUUUGCAGAGCCUCAGGGCAUCCUAGACUCAUUUGCAGGGCAGCCAAUUUUUUUAAAAUUUCAUUUGAAAAUGCAGCCCUUCUUCCUUUAUUGGGUGGCCUUGUGAGCUGGAGGGGGUUGUCUGGAGGGGCCCCCGCGUCCAGACCAGGGAGCGGGACUCUGGCCAGGCUGCCACCCCCUUCCAAGGUGCCACAAGGUGUGGCCUGCGACUCCCUUUUCGGGACUGAUGUGGUAACUUUCUGUCGUGGCGCAGUUACCUUGUCUUACUCCCAGAGCAAACCUGGCUUGAAUAAAGUGUCCAGUUAAAAAGGAACGUAGUGAAAACUGCCUUCUGCUGAGUCAGGCCGUUUGCCCAUCUAGCGCAGUAUUGUCCGCACGGACCGGUAGCCACGGCUCUCCAGGAUUGAACCUUCAGGAGCUUGGCUUGCAAGGCUGGGGCUCUGCCACUGGACCACCCUAUCAGUACUCUAGUCCUCCUUAUUCGAAGCGAGGGGCUGGCUUGACCAGGAAUGGAGGAGGCUGAGGUGGUCAUUGUCCCAUCUUGCUCAGUGCUGUCUGCACUGGCUGGCAGCAGCUCUUUGGGGUUUGGGGGGCGGGAGAGUCGCUGUUGCCUCCAUGACCUGCUCAGGGGGGUCCCUUAGGGGCCCUGUGAGGACAGGAGGGUAGACUAGAUGGUCCCUCUUUGGCCCAAUGCAGUGGCUGGUCUUGUUUUAAGGAGGGGGGCAGGUCCCUUUUCCUUUCCUGCCGUAGCUGUAGCCAGUUCCCGGCUGGUGUGCUGCUGGCCCUUUAAGGGAGCUGGCCUCCCUCCCAGCAUGGGGCCGCUUUCAUGUCUCCGACUUCAAAGGCAGCUGAUUAUGGCGAUCCUUUUAUCUGAAUGAAACCUGAAGCAUGACUUUCCCUGGCAGCAGCUGCCUCUGAUACUUGGUGCUGCAGGCAGAGGAGGAGGAGGAGGAGGAGGGGAAAAAGAGGAGGAGGGGGCUGGGGGCCCACAUUGCAGGGCCAAAUUGCCCCAACCCGGGGGUUCCUCUCUUGCAAAUGCCACUGGUCCUGUUCUUUCCCUCCUCCUAGAAGUGAGGCCUUAUCUGCAGCCAAGUGCCUUGGUGGAACCUCCAGCUUUAAAGGCACGCUACCACCCAGGCGCCGGGGACCAGGAAGGGGAGACGGGCACAUCCACCCCCAGGAUCCCCUUCUUGUGGUCGCCAGGCCUCUUGCUCUCAGCCAGCCUUGCAAAGGAGCCUUUGUUGCCCUGGUGCCCCUUGGGCGUUCUGGACUGCAGUUCCCUCCAUCACGGCUGCAGGAGCGCUGGGGGCUGAUGGGAGUUGCAGUUUGGAACAUCUGGAUGGGACAACCUGGUUGCUCUGCGUGGCUUCCGUUGGUCUGGAUGCAAAAACCACAGGGCGCCUGCCAGGUUUUGCCCGCAUGUUUCCCUUGACCCAACCUUUCUGUUUCCCAGAGAUUGCAAAUGGUCCUUUUAAACGCCUCUCAUUGCUGCUCUUAAAUGAGGGGAAAAUCCAAACCGGCAAGACACAAACCUCUGUUCUCUUCCCCGCCUCCCUCUUGAGACCAUCGGAAGAACCUGGCAGCAGGAUCAGGCCCCAGAUGGGGCCCCAUCGAGUCCAGCCUCCUGUUCCCCCUCCCCGUGGCCAACCAGAUGCCCACAAGCAGGGGCACCAGAUCCCCCUCCCCUCCCCAAAGCAUCCCUGGCCUUUGGCGGCAGAGCAGAGCCAUCGUCCCGGCUAGUAGCCAUUCCUAGCUCCCUCCUCCAGCCUGCUUUCCAAGGCAAGCCUGCCCUGAAAAGCCUUUCUGGGAGUGGCGUGGGGAGAACGUCCAUCUGUGGGGCUGGGAGCGGACGGACGUAGCCGUUCUGCCAAAGCAGCGUCCAGACCUGGCCUCGGAUCCGCCUGGCUUCCUGCGGUGAUUGCCAUGCGAGGGAGCAUCCUGGCGGCCGCAUUUUCUCUCUACUGUAUCUCUCACCCCCCCUCCCCAAAUCCCCUCCUGGGCUCUUGUGCCGCUCCUGCCUUUCAUAUGAAACCUCUCUUCCAGAGAUUACUCUGAGUGAAAUAUUCAGGAGGCCAUAAAGGGGGGGGGGAGGACGUGUGGGUGCGUGGAAGGAGGGGGGUGAUCAUGGUGAGGUGGGUGCCGCCCACUCAGAUCUUCUCAGCUCGGCAGAGCCGCCCACCUUGCUGAGUGAGUGCCGGCGGAGGCUGGGGGGCGAUUCCUCCCAGCCCGUCAAUCUGACACAGCCCAAACCCAACACAGGAUUCGAACGUGGUGCUUCCUUUGGGGCGGGUACUCGAUGUCUCUUUCCUGGGUAUGUUGCCCUUGGAACCGACUGCUUGUCUGCUGGGGAGGGCGGGCGAGAGUUCAGAGUGCGCCAGGCCAACUCGCCAGGAACGGCGCAGCGUGCGCAAGUCUCCGGACUUGGCAGAGAUCUUGGGCAUGAAAGGAGCCUCUCUGGCAGAAACUUUAAAGCCCUCUCUCCCCACUCGCAGAACAAGCCAGGACGGGGAGAUAAGGAGGAUCAAAGGAGGCCCAGACGCGCAUCUCGCAUGCCAAGGUGCCCACGGAGUUGGCAUGGGGGGGGCUGGGAGCCGUUCUCACCUCUCCGUCCCUCCGUAAGACGUGUGCUGGAUCAGUCCAGCAGCCCAUUGAGUCCAGCCGUCUUGAUCUCACAGGGGCCAAAUACCCCUCGGAGAACAGGAAUCGAGAUAGACUGCCCCCGAACUGGGAGGUUUCAUAAUCAGAAGAGUCUCCUGUCUUCACAGUGAGCAACUCUCUGGCAGGAACUGAGCUCUUCGGAGACUUCCUGAGCUGGACUGGAUGAGCCCUGGGGGUCCCUUCCAACUGCAGAAUUCUGCAAUUCCAAGAAGCAGCAAGGGACUCGCCCUCUAGGCGGUCGCAGAAGGGCAACUGCUGGCCAAAGCUGUGGGAUCGGAGGCCGGUUUGACCACCUCCCCGGGGCUGAUGGCACAGCAGCCGUGCUUCUCCCUUCCUUCGCUCCCCCUCCUCACGAGGAAACAAAGGGGCAGGGAGAAGCGCAUGCAAAUGCCCUCCUGCUGGAUUUGCAUGGAUCUCAGGCGGGGCUGCAGAGUUUGGCUUCCCAGGCGGCCCAGCCAGGGCGCUGCUGCUGCUGCUGCUGCGUCUUGAAGGCGGCUGCUAUUUUCGGCUUUCCAAAUUCGCAGCCUUCUCGCAGGUGGAGUCUGGCACCUGCAUGGCCGAGCCGCCAAAUCUCUCUCCCGCUUUGUCUAUCAGCCCCCCCCCAAUACAUGACACCCCCCCAGUUGCUGCCUGAGCUGAAAGACCUCUCCUUGCCCCCCGCCCCAGCAGAUCACACACCUCUCCCUGCAAUUGAUUAUCAUCAUCAGUUGCAUUUAUAUCCCGCCGUUUCCCCCACCGUGGCAGGCAGGGUUCUUCCCAGCAAACCUGGUCCCCCCAACAACCCUGCCAGGUAGGUCAGGCUGAGCGGGGCCAGGUGAGCUUCACGAAGGCUGAGCAGGGGGGAUUUGACGCCUCCCAGGGGUUAGUCCUCAUUGGAUCCCCACCACAGCCCCAAACGCGGCACUUCUGCCCCCCCCUUUGCUGCUGCCGCUGCCUGCCUUUCGCCCUGGGAAGGAAGGCAGAAAGGAAGGAGGGAGGCUGUUAGCAGAAUAGUGCCCUGCGGCCUUCUCCAAUCAGAGUUAAUGAUCUGUUUAUCGUGUGACAUUUUGACGGGAGAAGAACCGGUGGAGCUGAACUGCGAGGCGUCCGCUCCGUAGGGGCGGCGGGAGCACUGGCAGCUGCAGCCGCCGCCAACGGGGGAGUCCCUGGCCUGCCGGGUGCUGCCUGCCCUGGCGGGUGCAGGGGGGUGGCAGCCAGGUUCUUGCAGGGGCAGGAGGAUCAGGGCCUCCGCGCCCUCGCGUGCAGCCUUGGUGCAUCCAGCUGGCUUCCUUCCCCUGCUGCGCCCAGAUAAUCGCAGAUUUUGUGCUGGGUGAAGGGGGAGAGGGGCUUCAGCAGAGCAGCUGGCCGCAGCUGGAUUGGACCAAGGUGGGGCCCACCAGAUCCCGCCCUGGCCAGCCAGAUGCCCCAGUGGGAAGCCAUCAGCAGGACCUGGGAGCCCUCUCCUCCUUCCUCCUCCUCCAUGGAUUUUUCUAAUUAGCUUUUCGAGCCAUCUAGGUGGGUGGACAUCCGGUGGGAGGGAGUUCCACAAGUUAUCCGUGUGCUGCGUGAAGAAGCCCCUCUGUGGCCGACCAGAUGACCCCAAAGGGAACCCAUGGCAAGCAGGACCUGAGAGCAGCAGCCUCCUCCCACUCUUGUUCUCCCGCAUGCUAAGGUAGACUGGCUCUGGCCAUGGAGGUUCUGUUUAGGAAUCCUUAGCGACUAAAAGCUCUGCCGGUCCCCCUCGGCCACCAGUGUUCCCACAAGCAGUGUGGGAUUGCCUCCAAUGACCAUUUUAGUCCCUUAAAACUCUCCCUGCGACUUCACGCCCCGUCUCUGCCGCUGCCUUGUUGCCACGUUUCCUCAGCCUCGGUUUUCCCCGUCUGUGGAAUGGGAAGACCAGUCGUCAUGCAGGAGAGUGCAGAGGUGGGGAACCUCCUGCCCCACAGCGUCAGCCCCUCCAACUGGUCGGCUCCUGCUGCCAGUGAGCAGUAUGAUUGUCCUACUCUGUCCAGGGGAGCGAGAUCUCCUGCAGGCCGCAGUCCCUGCUCUAGCCGGAGCAAGGAUGCGCUUUCCCGUCCUGGGUGGGGCUGCCCCCUUUCUGGUGCCGUGGGGCUGGCUGUGGGUGUGGGUGUUCUGCCUGCCUCCCCUGCUUCUCUCUCCCUCCUGCAUCUUCUGCCUCGGAGAAGCGCAGCCUCAUUUUUUGAUGAGCGCCUAAUCCCCUGAAUUGCAAACAGCUUUCCCCAAUUGAGGAGGUGGAUUAGCACACUCCAGUUUAAUCAUGUUGACAUCUCCGGAGUGGCCUGGCUGCUGGGGCAGCGGAGGGAGGGGGGCAGCCUGCCAGGGGUCUUCCAGCUGGCGGAGGGAGAGGGUGGGGUUGCCUCCCCUACAGGGGUGGUGUGGGGUGGCUGCGGAGGUGCCUUUGAUCAUCCUGCCACGGGUCCAGCUUCUCCUCCUCCCAACUUGCAGCUCCAGUGGCCUCUUCCUUAAAAAAUCCUAGAAUCGUCGAGUUGGACAGGACCCCCAAAGGUCAUGUAGUCUGACCCCCUGCAAUGGAGGAGUCACAAUACAUCCGGAUCUUUGCUGCCCUUGCAAGAAGCCCCUAGAAAGGAAGUUGGGACUCGUGGGCAUUCGGCGAAACUGACCGUUGGAAGAUUCGGGAUAGAUCAAAAGGCUUCUUCACGCAGCACAGAGUUAACCUGUGGAACUCACUCCCACAGGAGACACAAUGAUGGCUGCCAAGCUGGAUGGCUGUGAAAGGGGAUUGGGCAAACUCAUGAAGGAGGAGAUGCCUAUCGAUGGGCGACUAGCCAGGAUGGCGACGCUCUGCCUGUGUGGCCGGAAACCAUUAAUGCCGAAACCGCAGGAGGAGAAGGAGCUUGUGUUUUGCAUUUGGGGCAUCUGAUUGGCCACUGUCAGAAUACUGGGCCGGAUGGGCCAUGGACUCUUCUGGUGGUGUUAAGAUGUGCCUGUUCCCAUUUCCCGUCUGGGAAAACUGAGGCUAGAAGAUGGCGACUGGCUUGAUUCAUCCGGGUCUUCUCCGGUCCAGCGGUGCACCUGCUGCUGUUCCCCAGCAGCACCUGGCUGGGCCCCAAAGCUGGGAAGUGGGGCAGAGCACCUCCCUCUUUCCUCAGCCACCUCCUCUCCUCUCUUGCAGGUUCACAGAGGCCGAGGCCGUGGUGAUGGGCGAUGUGACCUACGGGGCCUGCUGCGUGGACGACUUCACCGCCCGGGCGCUGGGAGCCGACUUCCUGGUCCACUACGGCCACAGCUGCCUGGGUACGAAGGAGGCAAGGGCCGGGCCUGGGCCAGUCUCUCCGCCCGGGAAUUAGAGGUCUAGUCUUGGUGUGGCAGUUGAAGAGUGGCAGACUGGGGAAACUGGGGGUUCACAUCUCCACUUGGCCUUGUACAGUCAUACCUUGGGUUGCGAACGUGAUCCGUGCGGGAGGCAUGUUUGCAACCCGCAGCGUUCACAACCCACGGCGCACGUGCGUGACGCGAUUUGGCGUUUCUGCGCAUGCGCGUGACAUUUUGUGUUCCUGCGCAUGUGCGAGCGCCAAAACCCGGAAGUAACCUGUUCUGGUACUUCCGGGUUUGGCGUGGUCCGCAACCCGAAAAUGUGCAACCUGCAAUGUUCGUAACCCGAGGUAUGACUGUAGUUUGCAGGGUAGGUCACGUUGGGUGGGCCUCCUCCCUUCCUCCCUUCCUUCCUUCCUUCCUUCCUUCCUUCCUUCCUUCCUUCCAUCCAUCCUUUUUGCCUGGCCUUCCUCGCAGGGUUGCAGUGAGGACAAACCCGGGAUUGGUGGGCAGGAGGUCCUUGGGCGCCCCCUUGAGCUCUUUGGAGGAAAGGCAGCCUUUGAACAUAAAGGGAACUCUGGAGUCUGGGGCAGAAUUAUUUCUGCCCUGUCUGCAUCCUUUCCUCUCCUGUUUUUCCUUUUGUUUCACAGCGUCCUUGAUUUCGGGAGCUUCUGGGGAUGGGCUGUGGCCCCGCUUUGCCCCAUGGAGAGUAUUUUGGGGUUGGGCGGGGGGCUUUGCUGCACUGGAGGAGGAAGAGGAGGAAGGCUUGGCUGGGUGGGGGAGGGGAGGCCAGGAAACCCGAAAAGAGGGCUGGCUGCUGCCGCUGCCUUGCAUCUCCCUAGGCGGAAACGGUUCUCUGGAUGCUGUUGCUAUGGCAACUGCAGCGCUGCUGUCCCAGAUGCUGCUAACUUUGAAGUCCGCCCAGGAUGGAAUCCGGCUCAAAAUAACAGGGAAAGGAAAGGAAAGGGGGAGGGAGAGAGAGAUAGAAAAGGAAAAAAGGGGCCAUGUUAGCUUUUAAGGUGGAUCUGCAGAAUUAUCGCCCCGGAGGGAGGGGGUGGAGCUUCCCUGAGCCUUCAUCCUCUCUCCUCCCUCUGGCCCAGCUCUCUGAUUUUUUUUGGCAUUGUUGCUAGGGCUGUUGCUGGGCGUGUGCGUGUGCGUGUGGGGUCACAGUGAUGGAGUGGGGGGUGGGAGAUCAUUGGAGGGGUGGGGAGAAGCGGGUGGAUGAGGAGGAGGCUGUAAGACCCCCCUGGCACAGGCGGAUUGGAAGUGGGGAGGAAUCUCUCUUACCUAUUUUAUUCCCGCUUUUCCUGGCUUCUCUCCCCCCCAUCGCAGCCCUCUGCCACCUUUCCAGGUCAGGGACGGCCUUCGCAGAAGGAGGAGCAGUCUGUAUUCUGCACACACACACACCUCCCUCUCUGUCCUCCCCCCCCCCCCACGAUUUUCAGUGCGCCAAGAGGACCAGGGCAAGCUGGUGGGGGGGGGGGGUUGCAUUAUGCAGGGACACCCCACCCUUGCCAAGUGGUACACCUAAAGGGCAGCCUGAGUCCCUUGGGGGCUUCUCACAGUUAGCAGGCAGGGUAGUGGGAUUGGGGGGGCUGGCAAUGCAGCCCCUCCCCCUUCCCUGAGCUAGUGGCCCUAGAGCGCCAGCACCGCAGGGGUGUUGCGGGCAGGCAGACGUGCGGCAGCCAAGUUCCGAGUUCUGUUUAGGAGAGGUUUAAUUGACGCCACAUGCCGUCCGUCUCUCCUUCCCUCUCUCUCUCUCUGCCAGUGAGAUUGAAAAGCCAUCCAAAGCGAAGCACCCAAACCGCUGCUCGGAAAAGCCUCCUUGGCGAAUUGCAGAGUUGGAAGGGAUCCCCCAGAGGUCAUCUAGCCCAACCCCCUGCAAUGCAGGAAGUGCAGAUAAAGAAUACAUGGCAGGUGGAGGCGCAGCUUUGGCAUGGCUUGCGUCUCUGUGCUUAAAUUUUUGAGUAGGCUCCCGUUCCUUUGGCUAAGACAGGGGGCCAGGAGGGACAACCCCCCCCCAAAAAAAUGGUUCUAGGGGAUUUUGCACGUGGAGACAGUGGAGCGGACUCCCUCAGGAGGUGGUGGUUUCUCAGCCUCCUCAGAGGGCAGGCAAUUCUGUCAUGUUGGGAGGGAUGCUGAAGUCGCACCCGCUGCAAGGACAGGGGUGGAAAUGGCUUUCCGUCGCAGAACAGCCACUCAUGCAGAGGUGCGAUGGGAGGUGCUCCUUCUGGAAUGAAAUCCCUUUGUGCAGUGCGCAGUUUGGGGAGGAGAAUCCGUCUCUUCUUGGAAGGUGUGGAACACCCAGUUCCUUGAGUCGUGGGGAGUCCCUUCUCUUGGCAAUCUGGUGUCUUUAUGCCAGCGUUUCCCUGGCAUCCAUUAAAUGCAUUAAGGACUCACGGAAUCAUAGAAUUGUAGAGAUUGAAGGGAUCCCAAGGGUCCAGCCCCCUGCAACACAGGAAUCGCAGCCAGCAAUUCAUUCUUUAUUAUUAUGCUUUUCUGCUUUGUGUUUCGACCUGCAAAGGGGCCAGAGUCAGCGUCUGUGUGGAUGUGCUCUUUGCAGCGGUGGCUGGGUAGCCAGAGCUACUUUCCUGCUCUGCUUGGCUCUCCCUGCACCCCACGUAAUAAUAACAAGAAUAAUAAUAAUAAUAAUAAUAAUAAUAAUAAUAAUAAUAAUUUAUUAUUUGUACCCCGCUCAUCUGGCUGGGUUUCCCCAGCCACUCUGGGCAGCUUCCAUAGAGACCAAAAAUACACUAAAAUGUCACACAUUAAAAACUUCCCUGAACAGGGCUGCCUUAAGAUGUCUUCUGAAUGUCAGGUAGUUGUUGUUCUCUUUGAUAUCUGGUGGGAGGAAGUUCCACAGGGCGGGCGCCACCACCGAGAAGGCCCUCUGCCUGGUUCCCUGUAGCUUCGCUUCUCACAAUGAGGGAACCGCCAGAAGGCCCUCGGCGCUGGACCUCAGCAUCCGGGCAGAACGAUGGGGGUGGAGACGCUCCUACAUGGGCUAGAAACCUGAUGGAGGUUGUUGUCUUUUUCAUUUUGCUGGGACAGAAGGGAAGCCACACUUUCCCACUUUCUUCAUCCAGCGUUUGAGCAUGUUGCGAUUGUGGCAGUGUGGGAUCUCCCCACCUUGGGUUGGCGGGGUUUGCUGCUGAGUAAGAAAAUUUAUCUUAAUGGGGUGAGACCUGAAAUCUAUUGGAUGGAGGAUCAGCGUGCUUCUCUCCCUGGUGCCCCCCCCCAAAAAAACACGCCCUGUCAUUUUCUCUACCCUCUCCCUCCAGUUCCCAUCGACUCCACGCAGGGAGUGAAGAUGCUCUAUGUCUUUGUAGACAUCAAGAUUGACACGGCACACUUUGUGGAGACCCUGCGCUUCAACUUCCCCGCGGGGGCCGCGCUGGCCCUCGUCAGCACCGUCCAGUUCGUCUCGGCGCUGCAGGUAAGAAUAGGGAAAGAAAUCACAAUAUUGUGUGCGCUGGGAGUCUUGCGUGCAUAUCCUUCUUCAGACAGCGUAUUGUUAAACUGUGGAACUCUCCUCUGCAGGAGCCACUGGUGGCUUUAAAGGUGGGCUGCUCUUUAUUCAUGGAGGAGAGUGAGCAUGUCCGUGGCUUCUAGCCACCAGGGCUAGGCUGUGUCAGCGCUGUGGGAGGGAGGAUGUCCCCAAACACCAGAUACAGUGGUACCUUAGGUUACAUACGCUUCAGGUUACAUAUGCUUCAGGUUACAGACUCCGCUAACCCAGAAAUCGUGCUUCAGGUUAAGAACUUUGCUUCAGGAUGAGAACAGAAGUCGUGUGGCGGCGGCGCAGCAGCAGCAGCAGGAGGCCCCAUUAGCUAAAGUGGUGCUUCAGGUUAAGAACAGUUGCAGCUUAAGAACGGACCUCCGGAACGAAUUAAGUACUUAACCCGAGGUACCACUGUACUGGGAAUCACAAGGGCAAGAGGGUUGCUGCUGCGCCCCUGCUUGGGGGCUUCACAUUGAGGAAAGGAAGACGGACUAGAUCAUGGGUAGGCAAACUAAGGCCCGGGGGCUGGAUCCGGCCCAAUCGCCUUCUAAAUCCGGCCCACGGACGGUCCAGGAAUCAGCAUGUUUUUACAUGAGUAGAAUGUGUGCUUUUAUUUAAAAUGCAUCUCUGGGUUAUUUGUGGGGCAUAGGAAUUCGUUCAUUCUCCCCCCCCCCCCCACAAGGUCUGAGGGACAGUGGACCGGCCCAAUGCAGAAAAAGUUUCCUGAUCCCUGAACUAGAUCGUAGAAUCAUAGAAUGGUACCCAAAAGUCAUCUAGUCCAACCCGCUGCAAUGCAGGAAUCUUUGCUAAAGCAUCCCUGACAGAUGGCCAUCCAAUCUCUGCUUUAAAACCUUCAAGGAAGCAGAGGCCACCAUCUCCCGAGGGAGACCGUCCCACUCGUGAGCGGCUCUGACUGCCAGAAAGUUCUUCCUGAUGUUGAGUCGGAUUCUCCUUUCUUGUGAUUUGAAUCCAUUGGUUCAGGUCCUCCCUCAUAGAGCGGCAGGAACCAGCCUUGCUCCAUCUCCCUUCCGAUAUUUGAAGAUGGCUCUGUGUCUCACCUGCCUUGCAUGGUGCUGGAAUUUCAGGGUACAGGGGGGCCGCCUAUGCUUUGUGGAGACCCUGAAGAGCCACACCAGGGAAGCCUUUUCCCCAGUGUUACGGAAAAAACUAGGUGCAAGGCUGCUCAGUCCCCCAGCUGGUCGGGCAGAGCCCGCGGGUCCCUGCGGAAUAAAGGAAGGAGUCCAGCCAACCGGAGCCAAUAGCUGUAGACCAAAGUUUAUUGUGCAAUAGGUUCAAAGAGGAAAUUUGAACCCCGAGGAUGGGGUGACAAAGACUUUUAAAACUUUCCCACCAUAUCCCAGAAUACAGUUCGUACAGCAUCAUUGCUACAUCACUGACAUGUCACAAAAGGGGAGGGGUAGGCAGGGGUUAUACUAGUUCAACCUUGGCAAACAGGUCCAGACAAGUCCUUGGUUCAAAAUUAGCAUUAGCAGACAUGUCAGGGCAAGACCCAGGUAUGAGAUUAGCAUAGGCAAACACCUCUGAAGUCCCACCACCCAAAGUACAAUAGAACUUCCUUUGCAUGUCUGGACCCCUGGCAAGUUUGGUGAUGGGAUUAGGCUUUCCUUGGCCCACAGUUAGCUCAGCAAUUGUCACCUCUGGGCACUUCCUGGGGUAGGAGGUGUGUAUACAUGUCCCCUCUUGGGGAGGUGGAAGGGAAAAGAGUCAUUUUUUAAAAGGGCAAAAUAGUGUUGAAAUGGAGGGAACUGGCAAAGGACUUGAUUUUAUAUGAUUGUUAAAGCUAGGUAACUUCCCUGAGCUGUCAAGUCGAAAGGAGACAUUUAUGCAUAAUAUUUGUAAGAUUGAACAACUUUAAAGAUGUGGGGGCCCCCCCUGUAAUUUCCGUGACACCCCCCUUGGAGGUUUUUAACCAGAAGCUGGACGGCCACCUGCCAGGGAUACUUCAGCUGCGAUUCCUUCAUUGCAGGGGGCUGGACUGGAUGACCACGGGGGGUUCCCAUCCAACUACAUUCAUAUGAUUCUCCUCCCUGCUUUCUCCGAAACCCGUUUUUUAACUGGCUGGAUCAGCGAGCUCUCUAACAUCCCGGGAUGACUGUCUGAGCUCCUGUCUGCCGCUUGUCUCACCACAUCCCUGUUUGGCAGCCACUCUGUUACUGUCACCCAAGACAGCCCGAGCGAGCGUCACAAAGCGGGUGGCAGGCAGGGAGGGGUCCCAGCAGGGCCUGCAAAGCGCCUGGGUGGGCAGAGAUGGAUGGGCGCCGGGCGCCGGAGCCGUCUGAACAUGGCAGCAUUGGAGCGUUAAGGAGGCAGACGCAGCGCCUGCCCUUUUAAUUGAUGCUCUGCCAAACCCCACGUGGCCCAGCCCGGUUCCCAGGGGUGACGUUUUGGGUUUUAUUUUUUGGGGGGGAGCCCUCGUCACACAACGUGACAGUCGUAUGCCCAGCUCCCAUCCAGGGUGGUGCUGAGCCUCCAGAGCACGUCUCUUUCUCGGUCAGGAAGAUGGCCGUGGAUCCAGCUUUGGGGAACUGGAGCUCUCCAAAGUAAUUUUAGGAUUUUUCACGUCUUUGGGGUGUGUGUGUGCUCCUGGUCAAGUCCCUUUUCUUUUGAUUUUUAUAAUGUAUAUAAAACGGAGAGAACAGUUAGGGCAACAGACAAAAUUGGAAUAAUGGAAAAUAAAACAUGUGUACAGUUGGAGGCGGGUUAAAAUGAGGAAGUCCAAGUAAAGAAUGCCAGCAUUUAUCUGAUGAUGCAGUUUGGUUCCAGAUUUGGCAGCCUUGGAAUGAGGGCCGCCUUCAAAAGGAUCAUAUAAAAGGUGCCGGGAAGCUCUAGUCCUCGUCAAAAUCCAUUAUGUCCUCCAUUAUUGCUCUGUUCCAAAACUGGUGGUACCAAGCUCCCAGUGUCAGAUUUUGGGCUGUUUUCUGUUGAGUCACAAGCAACUAUUUGAGCUGCCAAGAUAAUAAUUUAAGGUUUCUUUCUUUGACAAUAUCUCUGCGUUGAUAGGUGGUUUGGUGUGUUGAUUUUAUAUUUUGAAACUCCUUAAGUUGGGGUGUAGAUGUAAUGACACCGGUGAGAACAACCGUUAUUAAUCUCAGCCCCUGUGUUUCUGUGUCCUCCUUCCUCCCUCCCCCUUGACAGGCUGCCCGGCAGGCGCUCCAAGCCGACUACUCCAUCUGCACCCCGCAGUGCAAGCCUCUCUCGCCCGGGGAGCUGCUGGGGUGCACAGCCCCCCGCCUGGCCCAGGCCACGGACGCCAUCGUGUGAGUAGGACCCCUCGCGUGGGCACUGCUUGGGAUCGGGGCUCUUGGCUAGAUAGAUGUGUUGGGACACAGUGGACAUGGGUGCCUGCGGGGCUGAAGUAAAAUCACUGGAGGGUUGCAGCGCCUGCUGCGGCUCUAGAGGCCGAUGCAGGAGAGACAUGUUUCGUUGCAUCUGGGCCAGAGGAAGAUGCAUGUAUCUAUGGUUUGGCAAGAUCAGCGGUAUCACGGACCACGUUUUACAGACUGCAAUAAUGCUCAGCAAAAAGUCACACAUAAAUGCAAAAAGUCAGCCUUGAGCUGUGUCUCCGUUAUGCAGGUGAGCCUAGCCGUAUCUGGGUCCUCAAAGGGUCCUAUUCCUCCGUCCCUUUUCCGGUCAGUCGUACCUUGGAAGUCGAAUGGAAUCCGUUCCGAAAGUCCGUUCAACUUCCAAAAUAUUUGGAAACCAAAGCGCGGCUUCUGAUUGGAUUCAGGAAGCCCCUGCACCCAAUCGGAAGCCCCAUCGGACGUUCGGCUUCCAAAAAUAGUUUGCAAACUGGAACAGUCACUUCCGAGUUUGCGGCGUUUGGGAGCUAAAAUGUUCGAGAACUAAGCUGUUCAAAAACCAAGUUAUGACCGUGUAGGCAAGUGAGUUUUGCCGGUUGUCUGCUGACCAAAAACCUCGCACGGGUUCUUUUCCUUUUGAGACUCAGACGUUACAGGCUAUUUUCUGGACAAUGGCCAAGUUCCACGCAGUUUCCGUGCCGUAAUUCAAGAGAUCAAUCUUGCGGGUUCUUCCGUUUUUGUGCUAUGGAGUUUCUCGCAGGACCCAGAAAUCAUGUGGGAUAGUUCAUCUGGGGGAAUUGAUCUGGGUUAACCUCCCGCAGCAUCCGUAAUGGGAUCGGGGGCUCAGGUUUCCUGCCCUGACUCAACUCCGAGCUGAAGGGACAAAAGAAAAGGGGCCCUCUGAGCAGACGCAGAGUGCCUUGCCCUUGCCCUUUGGGUUGGGAGCUUCAGGAAUGCUGCUUCACAAAGCUUGGCUGGUGGCGGUAAUGUCCUAUGGGUGGGGGCCGGGGAAGGUCCCAGGGGCCAGGUAUCAGUAGGGUGGAGGGGGGCAUAUUUGCAAGCCCCAUGCCCAGAGACUGGUGCCUCUCGGCCUGCAGAACCCCACAGAACCCCCGUGUGACCUCUGGAAAUCUUGACGGAAGUUUUUGAGAAGUUCUGGCUGCUUCUGCCAUGCACCUUUUGGUCCUGGAUCAACUCCUGUUUGUGGGAGGCCUGGGUGGGACUUUGCCCCCCAGAAGUGGGGCCAGAGAGAGAUAGAGUGGGGGGGGGGGAGAGAACUUGGCACUUUGGGGGAAGACAGACGACUCUGGGCCUGAUGCAGCAACCCCAUUAAUUUUCUUUAAGGACAGCGAAUUAGCCGGCCCCUGCCUCCCGCACACCUAAUUAUGAGAGGUAAUGGAAAUGCUUAAUGCGCUGUGAACGGCGCAGCAGGGAGACAGAGGGAAAUAAAUAACGCCCCCCCACUCUGGGAGGAGAGGGGGUGGCCAGGGAGGGGAGGGGGCUUUUCUGGCCAGCCCCCCAACCAAAAUGAUGGAGGGUUUUUUGCCGCCACCGUGGCCAACCUUCCCCAGUUUCCCCUCCUCCCAGGGGAGCUGGAUACGUCUGGGAUAGUCCUGUUCACAAGCACAGCCAGGUUGGGGCCGCCUUCCUAGGAGUUCAGAGACUUACAGAAUUGUGGGAUUGGAAGGGACCCCCCAAGGUCCUCUAGUCCAGCCCCCUGAAAGCUGAACUCUGCUGCUCCCGAUGGGGACCAGCGACUAGAUUGCCUCGUGAGUCAGGGCAGGCUGGGACUCCAGCAGCAGCAAGAGGAGAUGCGGAGGCAGAGGAGGCUGCCCACUGUACCCCUGUGUGAUGCACAGUUCUGUCCUGGUGGCUGCCUUCCACCAACAGGCAGAGGGUUGCCUCUAAGUAUCGGGCGCCAUUAGGCUUCCUGCUCUUGAUGCUGGCACCACAGGGCAGGCCUGUCCUCCGGGGAGGUUCCCCGUUGUGUCUCUGCCCUGGCCAAGUGCAGAGCAGCAUCCGAGGGGCAUCUUUGAGGAGGAGAGGUGCUUCGGGGUCUUAUAAGACACCCUGAGACUCUGGGGGGCAAAAGGGGGUCUCUGUUUGACAUCUGUUGGGUGGGGCUGGGAAUGACCCCUCCCCAAAUCCCUGGAGAGAGGCUGCCAGACCAGACGCAGUGGUCUGGAUCCAUCCAGCGACGCUCCUGAGCGUCCCUCCAAAUUUAAUUAAAUUUGGCAGCAACGAAGGCCCACGUCAACUAUUAGAACACCGGUGCGGAGUCUCCGGCGUUGAUGGAUGGCGCUCACCAAAGCGGGACCUCGUACCGCCAACGGCCACUUGGAGGGUUACGUCUCAGGAUCUGGAGAGCGAUGAGUAGCUCUGGCUCCUUCUGGACCCCACAGUGUGCCAAAGCCUCUGUUUCUUCUGGUCGGAGGGCUCACCUUUUGCCCCCCAGGGGCCAAAUUCCGUGGUGCGCAGUUUCCUGGGGGCCGCCUGCUUUUGUCAGGUGGGGUGACGGAGGCGACACUUGGCUGUAGACUACAACUCCCAUCAGGCCCUGCCAGCAUGGAUUACCUUGCUCUGUGUCUGAUGGGAAGCACCCCCUGUCCUGGCAGUGGCUGAUGGGAGUUGUAGUCCCGCCAGGAGGGCGCCAUGUUGGUGUUUCCUCAGGGGGUCCAUUUUUGCAAAGGGUCAGUCGUGCAGAAUUUAACGUUCGUGGCGACCUCUCGGGACGGUUUAUCGGCUGACAGGGUGGAAGUUCUUUAACUCCGUCCCCGGGUCGGAUGGGAAAAGGAUUUUUCUGUCUCAUGUCACGUUUGUAAAAUGUAUUUUAUGUAUUAUUUGGUUUUUAUCUCGCCUCGUCUCCAAGGAAAUCAAGGUUCUCCCCUUUCCUUGUUUUAUCCUCUCGACAACCCUGUGAGGUAGACCAGGCUGAGAGACAGCCGCAGGCCCUGCAGUCAGCCACCGAAAUGUUGCUUUUGAGCCGGGCCCUUGAGCCCAGGGGUGGCUAAUCUGUGGCCCUCUAGAUUCCCUUCAGCUCCCAGCUCCCUUCCUUUCUCACCCGUUGCCCCACAGGCUAGGGGGCCAGUUGGAGCAGGGGCGUUCAGCAAUAUCUGGAGAGUGACAGCUCAGCCCCCCUCUGGCUGCCUGCUGUGCCACACUGCAGUUUCCUGAGAGAAGAGCAGCACCCAGUGGCCAUGAGUUCCGCAGAUCCAUCCCUUCCCUUUCGCAGACCUUCCACCUGCUUUUGACUCCUCACCCUCCGAGGCUUUGGAGGGCUUCUCCCUCGUUCCGCAAAUGGGGGUUCAGAGGGGCGACAGACCCUCCUCGCCCCGGCCCCCUCCUCUGCCCUGGGUGCUGCUGCCGCGACCGGCUCAGGCUCAGUAAUUAUUUUGCCCGUCUCUUGGGCGGACGCUUUCAAAGAAAGCAGGCAAAUUAGCUUUGAUCCUCCGAAAUGUCAUUCCACAAUUAAAGGCAAAAAUCUAGUCAGGUUUUCUGUCCGGAUUCAUUUUCCGACCCCUCACUCCAUUAGGGCAGCCAAACGAAAGAGUUUGAGAUGUAAUUGCUGACUCGGAAUCUGAUUACAACGGGAAGCGAAGACGUCUCCCUCGCUAAGGACCCGUCCUGGCUCUCCCAGGGGCGCUCUUGCUGGGGACGGGGGUGCUGGGUGCGGGUCCUGGGGAGGAAAUGGGGCAGAGAAUCUGGCACAGCGCUGUCUGCACUGACUGGCAGCAUAGGCUCUCCGGGGUUUCGAGGUGGGUUCUCUGCCAGGCCUACCUGGCGAUGCCAGUGGGAGAUGUCAAACCGGGAACCUUCUGCCUGCUGAGCUGUGUCCCUUUUCUUAAAGAAAAGAACCCAAGAAUCUAGUCCUCAUGGUCCCAAAUAAAGGCGUGAUUUAAGCAGGGACAAAAGAAGCUGCCAUAAUUGUGCACAGCCAGCUCCAUCACCUGCACUGACCGGCAGCAUUCGCUGGCCCCUGGGGGAGCAGGAUGCUGGGCUGGAUUGGACCCGUUUUGGCUGUUCUGGUUUGUUCUUAUGGAACCUCCAGGUGCAGAGGCAGUCUAUCUCAAUUCCAAGGUGCUAUGGGGCGUUGGCUGGGACGCGGGUGGCGCUGUGGGUAAAACCUCAGCGCCUAGGGCUUGCCGAUCGCGUGGUCGGCGGUUUGAAUCCCCGCGGCGGGGUGAGCUCCCGUCUUCGGUCCCAGCUCCUGCCCACCUAGCAGUUCGAAAGCACCCUUAAGUGCAAGUAGAUAAAUAAGUACCGCUUUAUAGCAGGAAGGUAAACGGUGUUUCCGUGUGCUGCACUGGUGCUGGCUCACCGGAGCAGCUUCGUCACGCUGGCCACGUGACCCAGAAGUGUCUUCGGACAGCACUGGCCCCCGGCCUCUUAAGUGAGAUGGGCGCGCAACCCUAGAGUCGGACACGACUGGCCCGUACGGGCAGGGGUACCUUUACCUUUAUGGGGCGUUGGACCCCUGUGAGAACAGGACACUGGACCAGAUGGGCCCCCUUUGGCCUGAUCUUUCAGAACUCCACCUCCCACCAUCCCUAACCAUUGGUCCUCCUGACUGUGAGGAGUUGAAAUCCACCACCAUCUUGGAGGUGGGGUCCAUGUGUGUUUUCGACAGGCUGCCCCUCCCUGCUUUAUAUAAAAAGUCAAAAGUCCAUUCUGGAGAGUAAAAGGGUCUUGCUUCAUUGGCGCGAAAUGGUACCUCCACGUUCAGAAGAAGUCUACCCACCUGUGUCCCCCGUUGCCUUUGGAAAUAACGUUUUGCUGGCAAAACAAACAGGACGCAGUAACAAAGAGCCAGAUUGUGUUUACGUGUUUAUACUAAAGUUCCUUGCUUGCCUUAAAAAAAAAAAAAAGAUAUGUUUUUGCACAACGAAAACAUCAAGGUGUAAUAGCAAACGGAAAAGCACGAUCCAUUUUUAAAAAUGAAAAUGCAGCGUUAGCAGGAGCAGCGAGAGAGUCUGGAGGAAAGCAGCCUGAGCGGCACGGAGGGGGGCCUCUUGAGAAAGCCAGAUUGGUCCAAGCGAGUCUCCUUUUGGAAGAUUCGAGACAGAUAAGAGAAAGUCCUUUUUUUGCACAGCGCAGUUAAACUGUGGAACUCCCUGCCACAGGAGGCUGUGAGGACCACCACCUUGGAUGGCUUUGAAAGAGGAUUGGAUGGAGGCAGAAAGAGCUCUGGAGGGCUCCCUACCAGAAUGGCUCUGCUCAGAAAUGCUUCUGGAUCCCAGUUACUGGAAACCACACGAGGGAACAGGGCUCUUGGGUUCCAAUCCUGCUUGGGAGUUUUGCAUUGGGGCAUCUGGGUGGCAUGUGAGAACAGGAUGCCGGACUAGAUGGGCCACUGUCCUUACUUUCCUUCAGAACAAAUGGGGGACCCUUUUCGUGGCUGGAGACAGUGGGUACCCAGAGGGGCUUGUUUUCAGACCCCCCUCCCUUCUUGGGGGUCUGGGGCAGAAGGCGGCCUGGGGGCCCUUCUUGCCAUUGGCUCUGUGGUGCUCUGGGAACCGCCCCCCCCCUUUGACUGGCCGCCACCAAGUCAGACCAUUGGGCCACCUAAACAGAGAGUGCGGCAUUCUAGUCCUCACGAUUCUAAAGAAAGGGUUUGCUUCAGGAGGAAGCUCCCUCACGCAGAGGCUGGCAGCGACUCCCCAGGGUUUUAGGCAGGGUCUUCCCAGCCCUGCCUGGAGAUGCCCUUGGCAGUUGGACCCAGGACUCUUCUGCAUGCCAAGCAGGCCCUCCUCCGCUGAGCCGCAGCCCUUCCUUACCUUUCCUUUCCGUUCCAGUUACCUGGGAGACGGCCGUUUCCACCUGGAGUCCAUCAUGAUCGCCAACCCAGGGAUUCCUGCCUACAGGUAUUGGAGGGGGGACAGGGGGUGGGGGUCCAGGGAGGGGCUGGGGAGGGAGGUGUGGCCUGGAGAUAGGAGGUGUGGCUAGGGAGGAGGCGUGGUUUGGAGACAGGUGUGGCUAGGGAGGAGGCGUGGCCUGGAGAUAGGAGGUGUGGCUUGGAGAUAGGAGGUGCGGCUAGGGAGGAGGCAUGGCCUGGAGAUAGGAGGUGUGGCUUGGGAGGAGGCGUGGCCUGGAGAUAGGAGGUGUGGCUAGGGAGGAGGCGUGGCCUGGAGAUAGGUGUGGCUAGGGAGGAGGCGUGGUCUGGAGAUUGGUGUGGCAUGGGAGGAGGCGUGACCUAUAGAGGGUGUGGCUAGGGAGGAGGCGUGGCCUACAGAGGGUGUGGCAAAGGAGGGAGGUGUUACUUGGAGAUAGAAGGCAUGCCUAGGGAGGAGGCGCGGCCUGGGAAAAGCAACUUGGGGGCCAAAAAGGCCUUGAGGGCCACAUUCAUCCCAGCCGUGUGGUUCUCCACUUCUGAAAAAGUGCCUUCCUUGUUACGGAAACUUUAAUUUCCAGGGGGCUUUAGGAGCAGACGUUGGGCUGGCCUGAUUAGGAGGUGCUCAGCCCAGAGGACCACAUUCUCAGCCUCCACCAUCCUGGAGCGCUCUGGCCUACAACUCCCAUCAGUCCCCGCCAGGCACGUCAUAGACCAAAACCCCCAGUCCUGUGCGCCCCACCCUUCACCCUCUUCAACCCUGGGCCCCCCAACACCUGCUGCCUGCUCCCACCACAGCCCCUCGCCAUCCGCUCUCCUUAGGACCCCAACGCAGCCCCUCCAUGCAGGCUGAUUUCCCGCUAAACGGGCGGAACAAUCUUGUUAAAGGCCAGCGUGGGAAUUCAAGGUUGGGCUGAGCAGGAAGGACAGCAAACAGUGAUUACCAGAAGGCAAACAGGAAGGCAAACGUCCACCUUCUGCUGGGGAAGAGGGAGUUUGCGCGUGGGAAGAGAACCUUCCUUCUGCUAAGAACAGAAAAAGAGCCGACUGAAUCAGGCCAGUGGCCCACCUGGGACAGCAAGUAGAUGCCCCAAAGGGAAACCCGCAAGCAGGAUUCGCACACAAGAGCAAUUCUCCCCCUCCUGUGGUUUCCAGAAACUGGUCUCCAGAAGAGGGCAGAGCAGAGCAAGCCUGGCUAGUAGCCCUCUCCUUCUCCCUGAAUUUGUCCACGCCUCUUUUUAAGCAGUCCAGGUUGGUGGCAAUCACGUACCUCUAGUGGAAGGGAGUUCCACAGUUUAACAAAGUUCUUCCUUAUACCUGACCAACACUCAGCUUCAUUGGACAUGCACAAGUUACGGCGUUAGGAGAGCGGGGAGAGAAUAAUUUUAUAAAACCUUCUGUCACGCUGCCUCUAACUCACCUUUCCCCCAUACUAAAAAGUCCCCAAAAUUCUACAGCCGAGUCUCUCCAUCCUCAGGGCCAUUUGGCUGGCCCUACUCAGAACCUUUUCCAAAUCCACGAUAUCCUUUUUGAGUUGUGGUGACUGGAACUGUGCGGGUUUCCCGAAGGAGGUCACUUCUUCCACAGUCCAGCGCAGGGGUCGGAUCCUGCUUGCAGCAAAGUCGGCCUGCGUGUGUGCGCUUGGCUCCCUGUUUCCUUUCUGCUUUCUGUGCUCCUGCCUCCUCUGCUGUAGGCAGCAAGGCCGGUUGCUGCGACUUCUGGCUAGUAGCCAUGGGCCACCCUCUCCUCCUACGUAAGAGCCUAAAGGAUCGGGCCCGUGGCUCAUCCCGUCCUUCCUCCUGCCCUUGCAGCUAGCCAUCCUGGCCAGUAGCCAUGGGCAACCCUCUCCCUACUCCCCCCAGCAGGAAAGGCCUGAUUUCCGCAGGCGGCCACGCUCCACUGUGCUCUCUCUCCCCAUCGCCAGUUCCCUGGAAAACGGGUGAUUUGUUACCCGGCUUGGCAGAGGGAAUUUUAAUCAAGCUGCGCCUGGGCUGGGCCCCCUCUCUGCCCCAUAAAGCUGCCGUCCCCCCCUGCCUGCCGCUAACAAACGACCUGCUCAGGAAUUCAGAUUUGGGCGGUGGGCAGGCCGGGUCCCAGCAGAGCGGCGGAUAUUUCAUCGCUUCUGAGCAGGGCUCAUCAUCGCCUCGUUUUAUGGCCCCUCUCUGCCUCCAGAAGAAGGGCUGUCGGGAGGGGGGGGCGUAAUGGGAGACCCACGUUUCUGGAGGUGCUUGUCAAAAUGUUUAGAUUUCAGAUGGGAGAGGGGUAAACUUUAGAGGGUGCUCUGGUGGGCGGCGGAAGACGGGGGGGGGUGUGCUGCCCCCCAACACACAAUCCCCUACCUGGUGCAGCCCCAUCCCUUUAGUACAACUGCCUCCCAUUCCAAAGAUGUGAUAAAAGCUGGAGGGAUGUGCUGCUAUUAUUAUUAAUAAUAAUAUUAAUAUGCCACCUUUGUUUUCCAAGAACCUCGUGGUUCUCCUCCUCCCAUUUCAACCUCACUACAACCUCACUAUUGUUGUUAGCCGCUCUGAGCCCGGCUUUGGCUUGGGAGGGUGGAAUAUAAAUUAUUAUUAUUAUUAUUAUUAUUAUUAUUAUUAUUACAACCCUGCAAGGGAGGCUAGGUUAAGAGAUGGUGACUGGCCCAAGGUCACCCUGUGGGGAUUUCAACCCUAUUCUCCCAGGUCCUGGUCCAGCGCUCUAACCAUGGUGCCGCGCUGCCUUUUAGAGCAUGUGCAGAGCCCAAAGGACGUCAGAAGAGCCCUGCAGUGUUGGGCCAAAGGGGACUUAGCAGAGACACAGCAAAAGGCAGCUUUCUCUUGAAGCAGCCCCUUUAAUCAUGAGGACUAGCGUUUUGGCUCUUCUGUUUUUUGAAGGGAAAGGGCCCUGGGCUUUGCCCGCAGAGCUUUGCCCGCAGAGCAAGUCCCAGGGGCAUCUUCCAAUGGGAGAAACCUCUUGAAGAGCUGCUGCUGCUGCCAGUCAGUGUGGGCAGCCCUGAGCCAGCCAGCCCCUAAGGCCUGACUCCGCAUCAGGCAGCUUUAGGUGUGCAUGGAGGACGCCACGUUCUGCGCUUGGCCCCUGUGGGAAGCGCAUGGGUGGGGGUGCCGUCGGUGGGAGGUGCUGCCUGCCUGAGUUCAGGGCCUGCGUCUUUCCUUUCUCCCUCGGUGGGGGUCCCUCCCCACCAGCCUCUGACCCCUCCCCUGCCCCCCUCUCUGCAGGUACGACCCCUACAGCAAGGUCUUCUCUGAGGAGCACUACGGCCACGAGCGCAUGCAGAAGACGCGGAAGGAAGCCGUCCGGGAGGCGUCUCGCGCCGGAAAGUGGGGCCUCAUCCUGGGGACGUUGGGGCGCCAGGGGUCCCCGGCCAUCCUGGAAGUGAGUUGCUCCCUGCCUUGUCCCUCCUCUGGCGGUGGAGGGGGAGGAUUCCAGCCUGGGGGGGGUAAUGGGCAGGGCCAGGAGCAAACAUGGGCGGAGCAAUGCGUCUGGAUUUCUCCCUUGGGUGCAGCAGGCUGGUUCCUGCAUUCGCUGCUUCUCCCCUCUCCGCCCAGGGAAACUGAGACAGGACCUGAGUUCGAGGAGACGGCGCAGCCAGGCAGAGCCGCCCAGGGAGGCUGCAAAACUUCCAAUAUGUUGUGGUUCUCAUGUAUGGUUUUAUCCUUUUAUAAACCACUUUGACGUGGGUUUUAUUUUUAUUUUACUUUUGUAUGAUAGAGCAGUAUGUCAAUACUUUUAGGAAUAAAAUGAGCUGUGGAACUCCCUGCUGACUGGGGUGCGUCUGGUGCCUUCAUUGUCCAGCUUUUGGAGAAUGUCGAAGGUGCCCCUCUUUGCUCUGGCUUUUGACACACAAGGUGUAUAUUUUUAGGGCCCACCUGUUUUCUGCCAUUGUAAGUUGUUUUAAAAGGGACGCAGGUGGCGCUGUGGGUUAAAUCACUGAGCCUAGGACUUGCCGAUCAGAAGGUCAGUGGUUCGAAUCCCCGUGACGGGGUGAGCUCCCAUUGCUCGGUCCCUGCUCCUGCCAACCUAGCAGUUCUAAAGCGCGUCAAAGUGCAAGUAGAUAAAUAGGUACCACUCUGGCGGGAAGGUAAAUGGCGUUUCCGUGUGCUGCUCUAGUUCGCCAGAAGCGGCUUAGUCCUGCUGGCCACAUGACCCGGAAGCUGUACGCCGGCUCCCUCGGCCAAUAAAGUGAGAUGAGCGCUGCAACCCCAGAGUCGGCCACGACUGGACCUAAUGGUCAGGGGUCCUUUUACCUUUUAAAGUUGUUUUAAAGUGUAGUUUCAGGCUUGUUGUUAAUGCUGCCACCUGCCCUGGUAUCUUAGGGUGGAGGGCAAGGAAUAAAUCAACAGAACCAUAGAACCAUCGUGUGCGAAGGAGCCCUCCAGCGACAGAGAUCAAGUCCUGUCCUCCCCCAGCCUCCAUUCCCCCCUGGCCAGCUCCUGUCCUCAUACAGAGUUCUUAUUACAUUCUUAGCUGGGGGGGGGCAGAGGGCAGGUGUCAGAGGCUGUGAUGCUUCUGAAUGCCAUGGUAAAGGCAGGAAGCUGGACUAGACAGACAGGUCCAAUCGGAGGCCUGCUGUGAUAGCAGAACCUCCACACCCAGGGGCAGUCUACCUCUGUGUACCAAGCAAUGGGGAACAAACAGUGGAGAGUUGCUCAAGUGCUCAGGUCCCUUUGGGGUGCCUGGUUGGCCACGGUCAGGGCGCUGGACUCAGGGGGCCCUUUCAGGAGGGCCGUUAACCGGAUCCUUCAGCUAAAAUAAGCCGCUUCGCGACGAUGGUAAAUAAGUGGUGUAUAUAAAAUACAGUCUUACCUCAGCUCCCGAACACCUUGGGAGCCUAAUGUUCCGACUCCCAAACAAUCGAAAACUGGAAGUGACUGUUCCGGUUUGCGAACUAUUUUUGGAACCCGAACGUUUGACACAGGUUCCGCUGCUUCCGAUUGGCUGCAGGAGCUUCCAAUCGGAAGCCGCGCUUUGGAAGUCGAACAUUUCAGAUGCCAAACGGACUUCCGAAACAGAUUCUGUUUGACUUCCAAGGUACGACUGUAAAGGAAAAGCAUGCUGGAAUAGAAAGUUUUUCCGCAAAGAGAGAAGGAGCCUGGCGGACCUUCCUUGCAGGGGAGACAUGUUUGGUGCCACCACCAUUAAGGCUCCGUCUCGGGUCCCAACCUCUCUUCUCUCCGUGCCCCCCCCCUUGUCUGCAGCACUUGGAGUCCACCCUCCGGUCCUUGGGGUGCCCUUACAUCCGCCUCCUGCUCUCGGAGAUUUUCCCUGGCAAACUGCAGCUGUUCCCCGAUGUUGAGGCGUGAGUAUCAAUGGGAGCCGUGGGUCAGAAGACACCCCCCUUCCUCUCCCCUCUUUGGCGUUCUUGGUUCUGCUCUCCCUCUUCGUUUAAUCCCCAUAACAACCCUGUGAGGGUGAGAGAGGCAGCAACUGGCCCCCAAGGACACCCGGUGAGCUUGAUGGCUAAGUGGAAGGAUUCGAACCCUGGUCUCUCCCAGGUCUUGUCUGACACUCUGACCCCUGCACCACAUUGGGACACCUGAGGCCUCCUCUUCCCCCAUUUCAUUGUUUGUUGGGGCAUUUAAGCCGCCCUGCCCAGAACCGUGGUGGCAGGACCCUGGCAUGGGGCAAGCUUCUUUUCUGUUUUUAAAAGCAAAGCCAAGGUUCUAGUCCACCAGGUAAGCAAAGAUUUGUUCACUUAUUUAUUUCAUUAAAAAAAUCCAAAUCCUGCUUGACUGUAAAAUAAACCCCCAAAAACCUCAGAAAGGAAUAAAACAAUGAAAUUUUCAGUUAAAAAACAAACAAACAGGCACUUGCCUUUUCUGAAAUACCGUAUUUUUUGCACCAUAACACUCACUUUUUUCCUCCUAAAAAGUAAGGGGAAAUGUCUGUGCGUGUUAUGGAGGGAAUGCCUACGGGUGGCAUGCCUACGGAUUUUCCUCCUCUAAAAACUACGUGCGUGUUAUGGUCGGGUGCGUGUUAUAGCGCGAAAAAUACGGUAAUUAAAAGAUGUAAUCUUGCCUUUCCAAUAACAUGAACUCCAUACGCAAUGGAGCAAAAUGCAGAGCACGCAUUAAAUAAAACAUAUCGGAAAUCCCAGCAGCAAAUGAACCCAAAGCAGGCUUGGAACAGGCAAAUCUUUGCUGGGCCUUUCGUCCUCCCAGCAGCCCUGUGAGGUAGGAGAAGCUGAGAGACUCUGGCUGGCCUAAGGUCUCGCCUUCCUAGCUGGGUGGAUUUGGCCUAUUUGGGACCUUUUCUUCCUGGGGAUUGAGCCUGGGUCCUUCUGCAUGCCAAGCAGGCGCCCUGCCCUGUUGCCCUACAGCCCCUCUUCCUCUUCCUUCCUGCAGGUGGGUCCAGGUGGCUUGUCCCAGGCUCUCCAUCGACUGGGGGGAGGCCUUCGGAAGACCUCUCCUCACGCCCUACGAGGUAAGCCAACGACAGCAUCCGCCUUCCUCCUAAUCCAAGGUGGCUGGACUCCCGCCUCCCAUCAUUCCCUGGGCCUUGAACCCGCAGCCCAAACCACAACAGGAUUCAGUACGUUUCCGAGCACAAUUCAAAGUGUUGGUGCUGACCUUGAAAGCCCUAAACGGCCUCAGUCCAGUAUACCUGAAGGAGCGUCUCCACCCCCAUCGUUCUGCCCGGACACUGAGGUCCAGCGCCGAGGGCCUUCUGGCUGUUCCCUCCCUGCGAGAAGCCAAGUUACAGGGAACUAGGCAGAGGGCCUUCUUGGUAGUGGCGCCCGCCCUGUGGAACUCCCUCCCACCAGAUACAACUACCAGACUUUUAGAAGACAUCUGAAGGCAGCCCUGUUUAGGGAAGCUUUUAAUGUUUGGUGCAUUACAGUAUUUUAAUAGUUUGUUGGAAGCUGCCCAGAGUGGCUGGGGAAACCCAGCCAGAUGGGCGGAGUAUAAAUAAAUUAUUAUUAUUAUUAUUAUUAACCCCCUCCAUUCAGGGAAGGUUCUGGAGCCACCAGGAUCUUGACCCCGCCCUCCCUUGUCCUCUUUUAUUCCCCCCUCUUUUCAGGCCGCCGUGGCUCUGCAACAGGUUCAGUGGCAAGAGACCUACCCCAUGGAUUUCUACGCCAGCCAGUCGCUGGGGCCUUGGACGGUGAACCACAGCAGCAGCCGCCAGCCGCAGAGGGGGAGCCAGGAGAAGGAGGUGAGGGGCGUGGCAGCCCCUGGGGGGCUUUGCAUGCGGACGAGGAGUGGGGCAGGGGUUCCUCCUGGGCAGCUUCCUGGGCACAGGAGCCCUUGCACUCUGGCACUUCUGUUUCAUAGAGUUGGAAGGGACCUCAAAGGGUCCUCUAUUCCAGCCCCGUGCAUUGCAGGAAGUGGGGCUUUUGAAGGCCUCCCGAUUCUCAUCAUUUGAUCUGACUGGGGAUCUGUAUUCUGCUUUUCCAGCAGCAAAUGUUGAGCGAGAAGCAACAGCAUUAGUUAGAAGGGGAAAAAAAGGCAUUGCGAUCUCUAUAAUAUCAAACGCAGCAGCAUAUAAAUAAAUAAAGCAAACAGCAACGGACUCAUCAAAACAAUUGAUGCAAUUCAGUCAAUUCAUAGUAAUUCACAGUAAUAACCAGCGGCAAAGUGCUUUCGUGCGCCUUUCGAAACUGCAAUCCCUGGCGGGGAAGCGUUUCUGCUCGGAGGGCCGCAUUCCCUUGCAGAGCAUCCUGAGGGCCGCACGCCAGUGGUGGGCGGGGCAAGAAGCAAAAGUGGGGGGGGGCAGCAAAAAGCCCUCUUUAUCCUUGGACAGGAGCCGGCUGUUUUCUCUGCCCUCAGGCUCUCCUCCCGCAGGCUAGGCGAGAGGCAUGGGGCACCUUUGCAGCUGGGCCAGACCACUGGAGGAGGGUGCAGCCUGGGGGGGGGGACUUUGGGGGCCAGAGAGAGAGGUGUGGGGGCCACGUAAGGUUCCCCACCCCUUACAAGAGCAGGAGGUCAGCAUUAUUCACUUUAUCCCCCAAAUUUCAGGGGGGAGCAGGGCUUGAAUGGAGACCCAAAGAGCUCAUAGCAUUUGAACUGGGACUUCCUGGUUCACAGCUCAGGGUUGGAUCCCCCCCAAUUUCUGUAUUGUAGUUCAGUCUCCAAGCACUGUCUGCUCUGGCUGGCAGCCACUCUCCACGCUCUUGAGGGGAAGGCUCGGUCAGUGGCAAAGAGCACCUGCUUUGAGUGCAGAAGGUCCCAGGUUCAGUCCCCACUUGCAGGGAGGGCUGGAAGAAACACUCCCUGCCUGAAACCCUGCAGGUCUGCUGCCAGUCAGUGUAGGCAACACUGGGCUAGAUGGACCAUGGCAGACAGUAGCCAUCUCACCAGUAGCCCUGCCCUUUCUGUUUGUCUAUCAAGAUCCCUCUCUUUCCCUUAGGGUGACGCCUGUGGCUUCUUAACUGGGACACACAGGCCUCAGGUCCCUUGUCCUGCUUGCUGGGUUGAACCUGCAGAAGGAAGCUCCAUUUUCCCAGGUUCUCGCACUCGGCUCUCUGCGCUUCACUUGCAGGGUGGCAUCUCCCCCUAGCGGCCAGUCAGGGUGGGGGGCCUCUCACUUUGGGUGAACUGUUUUCCAUAUGGUGGGAGUUGCAUUAGUGCAGCGAAGGCGCAGCCAGAGAGAGGACCUAGGAAUCCUAGAUCCUCAGGGUUCUUGGAUCAGUUUUUUCUAUUCCAUUCGCCUUCCCUGCUAACACAGAUCUGGCUUCUACCAUGACAGUUUCAUGUGCAAUGGACAAUUUAAGCAGAGGUUUGAUGGCCCCCAGUCAGGAGUUCUUUGGCUGUGAUCCCUGCAUUGCAGGGGGGUUAUUUUAUAUAUUAUUAGGUUUAUAAGAUCUCAGGGCGGCUCAGAAGUGUUGGACUAGAUGAGAUUGGGAUCACAUCCAACUCUACUAUGCUUUGAUUCUGUUAUUCUGUUUAAUAGCUAGCAACCUCAUUCCUGAAGCUGCUCAGGAAGUCUAAGAACACCCCAUCCCACAAAAUCAGUGCAGUCUUGCAAAACCAGUGGCUAAAUUGCGAGAGAUCCGGUCCCCCAUCUUGGAUCAAAAUGUGUUGAAUUGCAUUUAUAUGCCGCCACCUCCUCCCAAGGAGCUCAUGGUGAUGUGUAAACAGUUCUGCCCUCCUUGUAUACUCCCCACCACAACGCUGCCAGGCCGGCUUGGCUGAGAGGCAGCGACCAGCCCCCAAAGUCAGUGAGUGUCAUGGCCGAGGGAAGGGAUUAGGGACCCUGGGGUCUCCCAGGUCUUAGUCUGAUGGUGUCCGAUGGUAUCCAAACACAGACGAAAGGCUGAUCCUGUGUCUUGGGAAGCACCAUGCAAAAUUUGGUUAUGAUGAUCUUAAUAAAAUAAUAAUAAUAAUAAAAUUUUAUUUAUAUCCCAUCCUCCCCAGCCAAAGCCGGGCUCAGAGCGCCUAACAACAGUAAAAAUAACACAGUUUACAUAAAAAAUAAUUGAUUAAUUGAAAUACAUUCUAAAAUCCAUUCAUUCUAAAAUCAAUUCUAUGGGCUAGAGUUCUAUGAGGAUUACAGAAGGAUGUGCCCUGGCCGAAGGCCUGGUGGAACAGCUAUGUCUCGCAGGCCUUGCAGAAAGAUGUCAAGUCCCGCAGGGCCCUAGUCUCUUGUGACAGAGCGUUCCAUCUUGAAUGGAGUAUCCAGAUACAUACCAGAAAAAUAGCUUUCCAAAAUGUAUGCUGGAUCUAGCAGUACAGUGGUACCUCGGUUUAUGAACUUAAUCUGUUCCACAAGUCCGUUCUUAAACCAAAGUCGUUCUUAAACCGAGGUGCACUUUUCCUAAUGAGGCCUCCCGCCGUCGGUGCCCUUCCACCGGUCGGAUUCCGUUCGUAGACUGAGGUAAAGUUUGCUAACCGGAACACUACCGGUUUUGCAGAGUUCUUAUACCGAAUAGUUCGUAAACAGGGCUGUUCUUAAACUGAGGUACCACUGUACUUAAAGGUAAAGGUAAAGGGACCCCUGACCGUUAGGUCCAGUCGUGACCGACUCUGGGGUUGCGGCGCUCAUCUCGCUUUAUUGGCCGAGGGAGCCAGCGUUUGUCCGCAUACAGCUUCCAGGUCAUGUGGCCAGCAGGACUAAGCUGCUUCUGGUGAACCAGAGCAGCACACGGAAACGCCGUUUACCUUCCCGCCGGAGCGGUACCUAUUUAUCUACUUGAACUUUGUGCUUUCGAACUGCUAGGUUGGCAGAAGCUGGGACCGAACAACGGGAGCUCACCCCGGAACGGGGAUUUGAACCGCCGACCUUCUGAUCGGCAAGUCCUAGGCUCUGUGGUUUAACCCACAGCGCCACCCGCGUCCCGCACCACUGUACUUAAUAGUCAGUAAAAGAGACCUUCCUGAGUUCCUAUUGAAAUCAACCCUGAGGACUGGAACCUUGCACUUCUUUUUAGAGAGACUCUGUACUCUCUGACAAGGCAGCUUCCAGUGUUCCUGUUUAGACCCGCCCUCAGCUCAAAACCAUGAGGGCUGGGACCUUGCCAUGCCCCCUUCAGCUUCUCAGGCAUUGCCCAAUUCUUGCAGGUGAUCCCGGCCAAGGCCACGCUCCAGCCCGAGAAGAAAGCCUGUGGGCGCUGCGACUGCCGAGAGGAGGAGAAGGAGAAGGAGAAGGAGAAGGAGGAGGAGGAGGAGGAGGAGAAGAAGGAGAAGGAAGAGGUGCCAGUGCCCAGCCCUCAGCCUUGAGGCUCUGUGCCAGACCUGGGGGGUUAAGGUGGGUCCUGGGACCACACUGAGCUGUCGGGCACAGAACCGGCUUGGCAGCACCCCUGAGGAACAGCAGGGCUGGCACUCCGGGGCACAAACACCAGCCAAGCCCAGAGGAUGCACGUCCAAGGGGGCAAGCGGCCGUUGCUGCCCAGCAGUGUGGGGGCCAAAGUCUAGCCCAGUGGCUCCCCAAAUGGGUGGGACUAACUCCUGGGGGGCGGUGGGAUCACCUACGGGUGAUAAGAGGAAGGGGGCAGCAGGGGGCGCUGGAGGAAGGCCCCUCUGAGCUCAUGCGCCGCUGUUUUACGAUUGACCAGACUAGAAGCUCGAGUGAAACUUUUUCCUCGCUUCGUUUUUAAAGGUUUACUGCUCUUACCACUUUUGAAGCUGUUUUCCUUUGGGGACGUUUCUUUGCCUUUACAAUUCUGCGUCAUCCCAAGAUGGCCAAUUAUUGGUAAUAGCUAUCGGUUUUCUAAUAAACUGGUUACCGUACGUCUGUAGUAGGUGAAGGUUUGUGCCUGUUUGGCGAGUACAAACCAUACGCUAUAAAUUUCCUUCUCCCUUAUGUUUUCCAUCAUUAGAAUGUGUAAAAUAGUUUUCAUGCGUUUCUCCUGGAAGACAGCACUUUAUACUUGGUAAUCAUUAAAAAUGUUUCCAAAUAUACAUAUAUUUCUAUUUUUCAUGCAAUAUUCUUUGAUGCACAUUCUUUUUUCAGCUCCAUGAUUAGAGGGGAGCAUAUAUUUAUUUUUGCCUAUGUUUAUUUUUUUGAAAUAAAUGCACAAUAAAUCA